GCCAGAACGAUCAUCGUCCGCUUGAUUUCCACUGCGCAAACAGGUUUCUUCUAUACCACGCAGCGCCCAAGGCAGGGUCCGAAGCUCGCUGCCGUCAAAUAUGAUCCUAAAGUCAAAGCUCGCGUACUCUUCGUCGAGAGCAAGAAAACGAAGAAGUAG